AUGGCGAGCACAGACCCAGAGGAGUCCAUUUUGCAACGGCAAGACCCCCCACACCCACCCAGCGCCCUUCAGGGUGUCCCGGCAGCCAGGACCCCCGCCCGGAGGGGGACCCACCGGCGACAGAUCCCACGGGAUCCCACCACCUUCCCACAGGCCCUUGCCCAAGGUCCGCCCGGACCGGUGGAGGACACCAGGAGCCCGGAGAAGCCCUGGGUGAAGCGGGAGCCAUCGGCACAGGGGAAGGACCGUCCGUACCCCUGCGGCGAGUGCGGCAAGAGCUUCGGCCGGUUGACCCACCUGAAGACCCACCAGCGAACCCACACCGGGGUGAAGCCCUACGCCUGUGGGGCUUGCGGCAAGAGCUUCGGCCACCUCUCGCGACGCCCCUACCCCUGCGCCGCCUGCGGCAAGCGCUUCAGCCAGCAGUCCAACCUCACCAUGCACCAGCGGUCGCACACCGAGGAGCGGCCCUACCCCUGCGGCACCUGCGGCAAGAGCUUCAAGUACUUGGCGGACCUGACGGUGCACGAGCGGUCACACACGGGCGAGAGACCCUUCCCCUGUCCCCACUGCGGGAAGAGCUUCAGCAACAAGUCCUCCCUCGCCCGGCACACGCGCAUCCACGCCCGGGCGGCCGCCAGGGACAAGUGA